AUGGCCCAACAUAUCAAAGCGGAAAUUGAUCCAGCGAAGGCCCCAGAGACAUCGAAUAAUAUUAGAGAAUAUGUUCGAAGAUAUGGUACAGCAGGGCUGACCACCUCGUUCAGUAACUUGAACUCAGAGGCAGAGAAGAAAGCUCGAAGACAAGAGGCAAUUAGCCAUGUGCCCAAAGGGCAAAAUACAGUAAUAGAUGAGGAACCACCUGCAGUUUUCAGAAAGCCAGGCGAUCCUUUCAUCACUAGAGAAACUAGUCGCAAGGAGAGUAAACACCAAGGGGGCAUCUUAGGAAGUGCAAUUUUAAAGGCUAGGAAGAUAGGUGAUCCGAAUACUCUCAUUAGCCACGGAAUUAAAGGGAGAACCUCGAGAAUUUAUACGGACCCAACCCUGCAGCAGCAGCAAAAUCUCGAUAUCAAGAGAAGAAGAGAAAAAGAGAGGAGAUAA